AGAAACUGCCUCUCUCACUGCUCGCGUGUCAAACACUGAACAUUGUGUUUAUCGGCAUUUAUUCGGUGAACAACACAAAACUACUUCAUUCAUAAAAUUUGAAAAUAUUAUAAUAUUCUUAUAUUGUUGUCAACAAGAAAGAAUUUCAGUUGAUAAAAUUUAGUGAUUAAAACUAAUAUUCACGAACGAUUUAUAAAUGGCAGAUGUGGCAGAAAAACUAUUGCAAGAGAAUGCAACUGAUAGCGUAUCUGGUGCAAAAUCUCCAGCCUCACCUGAAGGAGCCGCGGUGGCUUAUGGAAGCUUGAUUAUAAUGGCUAUGCUACCAAUUUUUUUUGGAGCAAUAAGAUCGGUAAAACAUCAAAAAGAUCAAAAGGAUUCCGGUAAAAAAUUGGAAAGAAUGAAUUCAAAAGAUGCAUUAUUAUUCCCUGUAAUCGCUUCAGUGGCGCUUUUCGGACUCUACAUCGUUUUCAAAUUGUUUUCAAAAGAUCACAUAAAUUUAUUGCUUACUGCAUACUUCUUCUUUUUGGAAGUACUUGCAUUAGCUCAUCUACUGAGCCCAAUCAUUGGAUCAUUAAUUCCAUCAAGCAUUCCCAACAUUUCAUAUCAUAUUGGAUUCACAAAAGGAAAAGGAAAUCAAAAGCAAGAUCUCAUUGACUAUGACUUUUCAACUCAUGAUAUUGUUUGUUUAAUCAUUGCGCUUAUUAUUGGUAUUUGGUAUUUAUUGAAAAAACAUUGGAUCGCUAACAACCUUUUUGGUGUAGCAUUCGCUGUGAAUGGUGUUGAAUUACUGCAUCUAAAUAACGUUGUAACCGGACUUAUUUUAUUAUCUGGACUGUUCGUGUAUGAUGUGUUCUGGGUCUUUGGUACUAAUGUGAUGGUUACUGUCGCAAAAAGUUUUGAUGCUCCAAUCAAACUAGUUUUUCCUCAAGAUCUUCUUGUGAACGGCUUCAAUGCGACUAAUUUCGCCAUGUUAGGACUGGGAGACAUUGUAAUCCCUGGAAUAUUUAUUGCUUUACUACUUCGUUUUGAUAAUAGUUUGAAACGAAAAUCCCGAACGUAUUUCUAUACCGCAUACGUUGCCUAUUUUUUGGGAUUGAUGUUAACUAUUUUGGUAAUGCACAUAUUUCGACAUGCACAACCGGCUCUUUUAUAUCUCGUACCAGCUUGUGCCGGGGCUCCACUUUUGAUUGCAUUGAUAAAGGGAGAUUUGAAGUUGAUUUUUGCGUAUCAAGAUAAUCCAGAAGAGAAGAAAUCAUCAAAGAAAAACAAGGAUCAAAACAUUAGUGGAAAUGGUUCCAAUCAACAGAAUAACAAAGAAUCGAAGAAAAAAGAUCCAAAAAAGUCGAAAUAAAAAUUUAAAAUUUUAUACUAUAGAUAUGUGUACUUCAUCGCCAACUAAUUUUAAUGUAACAUGUCUAUGUAAAUUUUACAGUAAAAGCACACAUUUUAAUUUAUUGCAAAUAAAAUUUCACGCUACAAAACCGAUAAUA